GUGGCGGUCUCCCUGUAGGAUCCGACCGGUGGUCUCGGAUUAAGACGAUACAGUUUGAGGCUCCGGGGUGUCAGCGGGGAAGAGUCCUCCAGAGAGCUGUAUCAGGAAGCCAUAUACUUGCAGCGAUGGCUGCGGUAAUGCUGAAGAGAGAAGGGCCCCUGUUCAUCAGUGAAUCUGCAGUUCGGGGGAACGCUGCGGUCCUUGAUUACUGCAGGACAUCUGUCUCUGCCCUGUCUGGAGCCACGGCUGGGAUCCUUGGAUUGACGGGCUUGUACGGCUUCAUCUUUUACUUCCUUGCCUCGUUCCUCCUCUCCCUGCUCUUGGUAUUAAAGUCUGGACGGCGAUGGAAUAAAUAUUUCAAAUCGCGGAGGCCGCUGUUCACUGGUGGGCUUAUUGGCGGCUUGUUUACCUACGUCCUGUUCUGGACCUUCCUUUAUGGCAUGGUGCAUGUAUACUGAAAUCCUGCCUUCCAGAAACAGUCUUUUUAAUGGAAUUCAUGGACUCCCACCCAAUGGUUCAUCAACUAGUCAGGUUUAGUUUUUAAAUUAAUGAAAUUAUUGCUUGGUUAAUAGUAACUUAAAAUUAUAGUUUUUUCCUUAAUUCAGUUCAUUAUAGGCUUCUAUAUCCCGUCUGUUGAGCAGCAACUUGCAAAUGAUUGACGAGAAUAUGAUAUAUGAAAGUCUUAAAUACAUGCAGUAGUUUAUAUGUUGGCACACAGACUUGUACAACUAAUACAUUGCCAUUGUCCUCAUUGUUCAGUAAAAGAAAUCUGCUGCUAUUU